UCCACUCCGUGUGCCCAGUGUCCACUCAGUGUCCACUCCUUGUCCAUCCCAGUGUCCACCCCAGUGCCCACUCCAUGUCCACUCUGUGUCCACUCCCAGUGUCCAGAGCCCAUCCCAGUGUCCACUCCGUGUCCAUUCUCAGUGUCCACUCAGUGUGUCCAUUGUCCACUCUAGGUGUCCACUCAGCGUCCAUCCCCAGUGUCCACUCAGCAUCCACUCCCCGUCCCCUCCGGCCAUGUCGUCCCUGGAGCGUGUCCAGUCCGGUGGCCGGAGCCUGGAUCGCCGGCUGGACGCGGUGCCGGCCGAGGCGCUGCUGGCCGAGCUCCGAGCGGCCGGAGCCGUGUCCGAGACCGAGGCGGCCGCGCUCGGACGUCCGGGCGGCUCGGGCUGGGCCCGGCGGCUCCGCGCUCUGGCCGUGGCCAGAGGUGACCACAGCUGCCGCGUCCUGCUGACCGUCCUGGAGCGGCUGGAGGGGCCGCCCCGGCCGGGGCCCUUCGAUUUCUACGACCCCCAGCGCGACGCCGCGGCCUUGCACCGCUCGGACUGUCCGUGCUGCCGGCCGGAGCCGGGGCCGGAGCCGGGGCCGGAGUGGACGCGCGAGGAAGAGGAGGGAGAGCCCGGAAAUGGCGAUGAAGGCCACGAGGAUGAUGAUGGAGAACCCAAAACCGGGGAGGAAGGCCAUGAGGAAGAGGAAGGAGACGAUGAAGGCCACGAUGAUGAUGAUGAUGAUGAUGAUGAUGAAGGAGGUGAUGAAGGCCCUGAGGGAGAUGAAGGUGAUGAAGGCCAUGAGGAUGAUGAAGGAGAGCCCAAAAAUGAAGAUGAAGGCCAAGAGGAUGAUGAUGAUGGAGGCGAUGAAGGCCCCAAUGAUGAUGGUGAGGAUGGAGGAGGGGAUGAAGGCCCUGAGGAAGAUGAUGGUGAUGAAGGAGGAGGGGAUGAAGGCCCUGAGGAAGAUGAUGGAGGGGAUGAAGGCCCUGAUGAUGAUGAAGGAGGCGAUGAAGGCCCCGGUGAUGAUGGUGAACUUUGGGUCUCCAUGAGGAUGAAGAUGGUGAUGAUGAUGAAGAUGAAGAAUUUUGGGUCGAAAAAAACCCAAAGUGGAUUUUUUGACCGUGAUGAUGAUGAAGAUGAAGGUGAUGAAGGCCCCAGUGAUGGUGAUGAUGGAGGGGAUGAAGAUUAA